AAAAAAAAAUUCAAUUAUUAAGUUUCUUACAAAAAAAAAUAUACUAAUAGAUUCCAUUCUAUCCCUGUAUAUACAUUCUUUGCAUCAGUUCUAUAUUCAAGCCUUUCAACUCUAAACAUGGAGAAUUUUCAUCCCUCACUUUUUCUCCUUCUCCUUCUUCUUCCUCUUCUGGUUUCCACCACUGAGAAUCAGGUAUAUAUAGUUUACUUUGGUGAGCACAGUGGAGAAAAAACCCUCCAACAAAUCGAAGAAAACCACCAUUCAUAUCUACUCUCUGUCAAGGAAAAUGAGGAUGCUGCAAAAUCUUCUCUCGUUUACAGUUACAAGCACACCAUCAAUGGCUUCGCCGCUCUUCUCUCUCCCCUCGAAGCUUCCAAAUUAUCAAAGAUGGAGGAAGUGGUGUCGGUGCUUCGAAGCCAUCCACGAAAAUACGAAAUCCAUACAACGAGAUCGUGGGAAUUUGCAGGAGUGGAAGAGGCAAUGAAGAGUUCAGAAAAUAUGAAUAAGGAAGAUAUAUGGCUAAAAUCCAGCUAUGGAAAAGAUGUUAUUGUUGGCUUGUUGGAUAAUGGUGUGUGGCCGGAGUCAGAGAGCUUCAACGAUGAAGGAAUGGGUCCGAUACCUAAAUCGUGGAAAGGAAUUUGCCAAACAGGUGACGAAUUCAACUCAUCCAACUGUAACAAGAAAAUAAUCGGGGCACGAUAUUACAUCAAGGGCUAUGAAGCAUACUAUGGCCCACUAAAUAGAACGUUGGACUACCUCUCCCCUCGAGACAAGGAUGGCCAUGGGACCCACACGUCAUCGACGGCCGCAGGGCGGAGAGUCACCGGCAUCUCCGCCCUGGGCGGCUUCGCCUCGGGCACCGCAUCCGGCGGGGCACCUCUGGCCCGCCUGGCAAUCUACAAAGUGUGUUGGGCGGUACCAGGCCACGGGAAAGAAGACGGAAACACCUGCUUCGAGGAAGACAUGCUUGCCGCCAUCGACGACGCCGUGGCCGACGGCGUCGACGUGCUGAGCAUCUCGAUCGGGACCAAAGACUCCCUGCCCUUCAACCAGGACGGGAUAGCCAUAGGCGCUCUCCAUGCUGUUAAACAAAACGUCGUCGUCGCAUGCAGCGCCGGAAACUCCGGCCCCACGCCCUCCACGCUGUCCAACCCGGCUCCCUGGAUUAUAACCGUGGCUGCCAGCAGCGUCGACCGGAUAUUCUUAUCUCCCGCCGUUCUCGGGAACGGCAUGAAAUUACCGGGCCAAACAGUGACUCCACAUAAGUUGCAAAAGAAGCUAUACCCGUUAGUUUACGCGGGUCAAGUAGCCAACCCGGAUGUGCCCAAGAACCUAUCCGGACAAUGCUUACCUGGUUCUCUCUCUUCCAAGACGGCAAAGGGUAAGAUAGUGCUGUGUUUGAGAGGGAAUGGGACAAGAGUGGGUAAAGGCAUGGAGGUGAAGAGAGCUGGAGGCAUUGGUUUCAUUUUAGGGAACAGUUUAGCAAAUGGAGAUGAAUUAGCAGCUGAUGCUCACAUUCUUCCUGCCACUGCUGUCAAUUACCAAAACAGUCUCAAGAUUAUGGACUACAUCCAUUCUUCCAAAACCCCGACAGCCUACAUCGUACCGGGCACGACUGUUUUAGACAUCAAACCAGCACCUUUCAUGGCUGCUUUCUCCAGCAGAGGCCCUAGUGAUAUUUCGCCCGAGAUCCUCAAGCCAGACAUCACAGCUCCAGGGCUCAACAUAUUAGCAGCGUGGAGUGAAGCAUCUUCUCCGACAAAACUGGAGGCAGACAAGCGCGUGGUGAAGUACAACAUUCUGUCGGGAACUUCCAUGUCCUGCCCGCAUAUAGGUGGGGCGGCCGCUCUCCUCAAGGCGAUGCACCCCCGUUGGAGCAGUGCUGCCAUAAGAUCUGCUCUGAUAACCUCUGCUGGGCAGAAAAACAAUCAAGGUAGCAUGAUCACGGAUGCAUCCAGCAAUCCAGCAGACCCUUUCCAGUAUGGUGGCGGCCAUUUCAGACCAGCAAAAGCAGCAGAUCCCGGACUUGUUUAUGACGCCUCCUACACAGACUAUCUCCUCUACCUAUGCAGCAUCGGAGUUAAGAUUGAUUAUACCUUCACCUGCCCGAAACAUUCAAUGGGUCCGUUAAACCUAAAUUACCCGACCCUGGCAAUACCCAGGCUGCGUGACAGUGUUACUUUGGUAAGAACAGUGACUAAUGUGGGAGGCAGCAAGAGUAUAUAUUUUGUGAGCAUGAAACCUCCACUUGGGAUCUUGGUAAAAAUAUGGCCUCCCAUACUACACUUCAAUCGUGUUGGAGAGAAAAGGAAUUUCACCAUUACAGUAAAAGUAGCAGAUAGUAGCAUUACAGGCAAAGGGGAGAAACCAUACGGAUUUGGAUGGUACAUGUGGUCUGAUGGAAUCCACAAUGUUCGGAGCCCCAUGGCCGUUUCAGUAGCCUAGUUCCUUCUAAGUUAUGCUAGUUUGGUAUUGAGCAUGAAUGCUUUAACAUAGGAAUAUGAAGAAACAUUAUUACUCUUCCCUGUA